UGAAUUUUGGACCGUCCGGCCGAUCGCAUAGUCUUCUGCAGAUAUGUCCAGACAUACAGCAUUCAUUGCGUCCAAGAGGGACACAUGGCUGGUCAUAAACUUCACCUCCUUGAGGAAAAGACUUGCCCCGUGGGGCUGAUGAAUGGAGAGAAAGCUGAAUACGAAGGAUGGGUACUCCACUGUCAAAAAAGGAUGCAAAAAAUGGGAUCACAAAAGAAGCAGCAGUUACAAAUGAAACCGACUUUAACCAUAGCAAAGCAAAUGAUUUAACUGGAAACCUCAACAACACUCCCAACACUAGUCAAGGACUAGGCCCUUCUCAACUUAUUAAUCGUCAAAUGGAACCCAGCAAUGGUGAUGAAGCAAUGCCCACAAGGAUGGACCAAGUUCCUGCUGUGGAAGUUCCUGCUGUGGAAGUUCCUGCUGUUGAUGUUCCUGCCGUUGAUGCCCCUGAAAACAGAGAACAAAGCAUUCACAUGGCUAUGAACAUUUCACUGGAUGCUGAUCCAGUGAAACAUAUCCCAUAUCUUGUCUCAUCUGUAAAAGAGAUUCAAGAACACAAGACUCCAGAAAAAUCUACGGAUAAAAAAAACAGUACUCCAGUGCUCCAACAGGCUACACCCGCAGGACCAACCGCUGGGCCAUGUUGCGGUGUGAAAACUGCAGUGAAAACUGCAGAAAAAUUUGUUGGUCCAGCUGACUAUGGAAACAUUUCAUCUUGCAUGCAAAAAGUCAACAUCAAAGCUGUAGCACCACAUGUCCCAGCAGUGGAAAGGAAGCCUACAGCGUCCCCAAAUAAUGUUGCCACUCAGAAGCAAACAACUGCAGCUGCAGACACAAAUGUCAAGUUAAGACUCCAGGGUGAACUCAAGGUUUCCUUACAAGAUACUUCUUGCAAGCCAAAGAAAAAAUGCUCAACCAAAGCAUCAAAUCAAAACCAAUCUAAGAAUAACACAGGAAAUAUCAUUAUGAAAGGAGAGAGAAAUGGGAAGAAUGGUCAGGCUGAAAAACAGGAACAGGAGCCAGCCAUCAACCCUCCCGUGACUCCUGAAAACAAAGUCCGUACUGAAGGUCGCUGGCCCAAUUUUACCGUCAAUCAGUCCUGUUCCUCCAAGGCGUGCUGCAAACAUAACCCAGGGACAGGACUACCGCAGAACGUCUCAAAGUGGGUCGCUGACUACAAAUGUGAGCCUCCUUGGAUCCCCACCGUUAGACGCUCAGUUUAGCGAGCACUGAGAGAGCUGCAAGAUGAGGAAGAAAAUUCUCAAGAAUGAGAAGACAUUCAAAAUUUUAUGUUAAUGACUUGCAUUUUUAACAUUGUUAAGUUCCUGUAAAUGACUUCCUUCUUA